AUGAAGAAUAUCAUACAUCUAAGCCUGUUGGCGACCCUCAGUCUUAGUGUAGCAGCGACCAGUGAUGCUGUCAGUGGCGUAGAACACCCAUCGCAUUCCAACCAUCCCCAUGCUAAUCCCCAAAAACAGUCUAUUCAAGUUCGGGACGCACCAAGUUGCCCCAAUCUACCCUCAACCCUAUCCCUAACCGAUCUUCCCUACCAAAACUACCUCUAUUCAGAUUGCAACGUUGCCGCACAGGCAGUAGUAACAACCCCCCAACCAAACAGCAAUCUCUCAAUAAUUGGCCCACGCCUAAUCAUCGCCUGGCCAGCCGGCAACAGCGGCGCAUGCCUAUUCUUCGCGCCUGCAAACGGCCCCAACGGUACUCUUUCAACCCAAUUAGUCAACUCGACUCUCGGCACCCCUCUGGGCCCAGUAUAUUCACCUCCAACAUCAAGUUCCAACAAGAACCCCAGCGUCGGCGUCCAAGGAGUCCUCCGCUUCAAUGCAACUGCAACCCUCACCCUCCCGAUCUUGGGCAGUAUCCGCACGAUCCGUGACUUCGUCGAGGGCCCCAGUCUCCUCUACCCGGAGAUCCAAGACGCAAUUAAAUACACCUCCGACGGCACUGGUAUCUCACUGCAAAGACGCUGGCUGGACAAUGUCACCACGACUAAUUUGAAAUUCGAGCCUUUCAAGAAUCCAUCAGGUAAAAGCAAUGGCAGCGUCAAAUUAUCGAACAAAACAGUCACCUUUGACGCAGGCGAUUACAUUUUCUCCGCAGAUAUCAACUACGCCCAGCUGACCGCGCUGAAACCGACAUCUGUGCUGAAUGCCGCGUCGGCGAAUUUGACCGUCGAAAAGCCCGACCAGGUAGCUGCGCUAUCGUUUCUUUCGUACUCGGAGAAACUCCUCGCCGGGGCGUGGCGGUUCUUAACAUAUUUCGGGCGGGACUCUAUGAUUUCCGCGCUAUUGCUUGAGCCUGUGUUAAGUGGAGGACGGGGGAGUGCGAUGGAGGCUGUUAUUGGGGCUGUUUUGGAGCGUGUCAAUCGGACCGAUGGGACUGUUUGUCAUGAGGAGACGAUUGGGGAUUAUGCGACUUGGACGAAUGCGAAGGAAAAUAUCAGCAGUAGUGCUAUGGGGUGUGAUUAUAAGAUGAUCGACUCUGACUACUUCCUUCCUGUCCUGAUGGACCGUUACUUCGUUCAAAACCCAAUUGGUCAGAAGAGAUCUGCUUCCUUCUUCAAUACCACCGCAGGAUCUAUCAAUCCCGCCAACGCAAAUCUCACAUGGGGAAAUCUCGCAUUGAUUAGCUCUGAGAAAGUCAUGCGUCUUGCCCGUCCAUUCUUCCACAACCAAACAAAAGAAAACCUCAUCCGUCUGAACGAAGGACAGGUAGUCGGCGAGUGGAGAGACAGCACCUACGGCCUCGGCGGCGGCCGCAUCCCCUACGACGUAAACACAGCUCUUGUCCCGGCCGCUCUGCGCGCAAUCGCAUCCCUCGCCCGAUCAGGUCUCUAUCCCAACCAGCGGCACUGGGCCAUUCUAGCAGAUCAAUACGCCAAAGUCUGGGAAGACUCAACACUGGCCUUCUUCUCCGUGACCAUCCCGCAAGACAAGGCCCAGUCACUCGUGCGCAGCUACGCAAAUACCUCCUUCCCGGGCCCGAACCAAGCAUCUAGCAUAGACAGCGCCGUGACGUUCCACGCACUGGCUCUAGAAGGAAACAACAACCUUUCCAAAGUAGAAGUUAUGAACACAGAUGAUUGUUUCCGGCACUUCCUGCUGAAUACCACGGACGACACACAGCUAACGUCGUUCCUGAACCAAUCCGCCACCAACAUCCGCCGCACUUUCCCCGCCGGCCUAAUGACCGAUGCGGGGAUGGUGGUUGCGAAUCCUGCGUUCGGCGGCGACGCCGUGUAUGCGCGCAAUUGGACCACGGGCGCUUACCACGGGACUGUUAUUUGGUCUUGGCAGCUUGCUAUGAUGGCCAAGGGGCUGGAGAGGCAGUUGGGGAGGUGUGAGGUUGCAUCGAACUUUUCAGUUUCCGCUCAGGGUCGGAGGGGCCGUGUUCCGUUGCCUGUUCCUGGUUACUGUACGGAUGACUCUGUUUAUUACAAUGUUAGGGACGCUUAUAAUGUGCUCUGGGACUCUAUUGAGGCUAACGAGGACCAACUUUCUGGUGAGGUUUGGUCUUGGGUUUAUCGGGGUGGGAAGUUUGAGGUUACGCCUUUGGGUGUUUUGCCUGCGCCGCCAGGGGUUGGUGGUCAAACUGGUAAGUUUUUGAGUUGUGUGUUGGAUUUUGGUCUUUGCUAA